AGCCAUUGGUCAUAGCUACGUCAGGAUCUUCUAUGACGUUGACAUUCUGUGCUUCAUUGUUGGCUGGCAUCUUGGUCAUUGGCACUCCAGCUGAGGCAAGCAUGGCAGGGGUGGCAGCGCUGGUGCGGAAAACGGGAAACUACCUGAAGUCCAAGGAGUUCCGGGAUUACAUAACCAGCACCCACUUCUGGGGUCCUGUGGCCAACUGGGGCCUUCCACUGGCCGCCUUUAAAGAUAUGAAGGGACCGCCGGACAUCAUCAGUGGCCGCAUGACGACGGCACUCAUCUUCUACUCCAUGGCGUUUAUGCGCUUUGCCUAUCGGGUCCAGCCUCGAAACUACCUGCUGAUGGCGUGCCAUUUCACCAACGUGUUGGCACAGAGCAUCCAGGCGAAGCGUUAUGUGAUGUACCACUACGGUGGCGAAGCCAAGGCCAAAGCCAACAACCCUCUGGCCAAAUAA